UUCUUUUGUCGUCUGAAAGAUGCAAAUCAUUACACUUAGAACCGUGUUUUUUAUUAUGGGUUUUUGUCUUUUUUAGUAUAUACUCUUAAAUCUGGAUGCCAAAUCGUCCAUUUUUUUUCCCAAUCCCAACCCGUUUUUGUUUUUUUCCCUCUAACAUUUCAGGGUUUUAGGGUGAGAGAGAGAGAGAGGGGUGUAGUAUAUGACACUUCACCUCAAUAUCCACCCUCGUGCUUCGAGCAGUAUUCGACUCGACUCGACUCGUGAGUAUAGUUUCAGAUGAAGCAAAGCCCGCAAAUUUAGCGAAGGGUUCAGACAGAAUCCGGAAAUUUAAGGGGUUUUUUGUUUGUUCUCGAGCAAAAAAAUGGUGGUCGAACGCGUUCGGUGACGUUUCAGAGCUUGCAUUUCGGAUUCCCCUUCUUGGGAAAAUCGAAUCGGAUUCUAAAGGAAUCGUGAAUCAAACCUCUAGCUUCUGCAGUUCGUAUUCUGUAGGUGGAGGGUUCUUGUUAACUCGGAAGUUGAAGAUUUUCUGACCCAGUUCAGGUUUUCGCGGAAUUCGCGUUUCUUGAUCUUUGUCUGUUCAUCCAGAGUUGGUUCCCGGUGAAAAAAGAUCGCGAAACAGAGGAGGAUAACGAGAGAGAGCGCUGAAUCUGAAUGUUAUGGACCAAGAUUGUCGGAAAACUCUUGCAAGGGAAAGAACAGAUCGGAUAGGAUGUGCCUGGGUGUUUAUAAGCAUGUUUGAUUUCCGGGGUGGAGGAUCUUCUCAGAAACUGUUGACGGACAAGAAACGUGGAAGCAAACGAAUCACAGGUAACUGUACUUUCAUGGCUAAGCAUGACAAGCCGACUUGUUCUAGCGACAACUCUCAAGAACUCCUUGAAGGAGAAGAUGGGCUGCUUGUCAAGUCGGAGACUGGUACUUUGAGUGUGAGGACACUCAUUGAAGAGGAAAUGUCUGCCAAGAAAGAGAGAGAGGAUGAUGAGAAAACACAAUGCAGAGGAAUUCGGAGGAGAAGGAACAAAACCUGCAGUAAAAGCCAUGACAGUAUCAAUGUUCCAGUUGCUGGUGAUGAUUCAGAUGACCGGUCUGUGAGCAGUCUCCCUGAAUUUACGAGCUGUACGAAGAAUAACGACGAUUCUGAAGAAAAAUUCAGCGAGGUUAUCAAGCGGUUGAUAGCUCAGAAGGAAGGCGAGAUCCAGAGCUGUAAGGACCUGUUAGGGGCAUUUCAGGGUUCGGGUUCUAAAGAAGAACCUAGUCUGCCAUCGAUGGAAGAUUCUCAAAGAACGGAAGAAGAAGAAGAAGAAGAGGAUCCCCGGACAGUAGAAGAGCCUAUAGUCUCCAAACAAGAGGUCAGAAUUGGGCACAAGAAACACCGAUUCUUGAACCGAAAGGCAAAAUCACCAGAGAUGAGCUCUUCAGAUCAAGGUUGUACACCUCAAAGUCCAAGAACCAUCGUCAUUUUAAAACCCGGAACAAAUAGCUCAGAUAUCGGCUCAUCACCUAGAUCUCGUUCUGCAUUCAAGAAGUCCUGGAACGGUUCUCGCUUUCUUCUCAGUAUUAUCAAAAGAAUACUGAAAUCUGCUGCAGUCAAGAAGGAGCCAUGUGAUGAUCUCCAUGUCCAUGAUGAUGGUGCUUCAGAGACAGUGUCUGAUCUGAGUCAAAGCUGUUGCCUGGAAGAAGAGGUACAUAGAGAGGACACUGCCCACACAAGCAAGGAUUCGAAGAAAAGCAUGUCUAGUAUUUAUAACGCGGCCAAGAAACACCUGUCUGAAAUGCUAGAAAACGGAGAUAUCAUCGAUGUGAAUUUACGAAGCAAAGAAGUACCGAGAAUCCUUGGGAGGAUUCUUUCUCUUCCUCAGUUUUCCUCACCGGCAGCCAGUCCUGGACGGACCUCAUUAACCCACACGGCAGAAAAGCCGACAAUUCAACCAUGCAGUUCAGAUGGUGAUUACUCUGAGACACAUGGAUUGAGUUCAGAUAAACUGGUUGAUGAAGAUUCAGACAAACACCAUGAAACAGUAUCUGUCAUUGAUACCCUUAUCUCAGGAGGUGAUUCAAGCACUCUAGUGGAAGCCGACACCAUGGAAGAGAUUCAGAUAACAGAUGUUGAUGAAGAUGCAUUAGAAUGGCGAGACGAAAAUAGAGACAAGAAGCCCUUGAGACAGUUCCACGAAACAUUUGACGAGGGGCAAUCAUCAUCUUCCCCACCAGAGUCGUCACCAAACUCUUCAGUUAGAAUGACUGAUUGCCAAGAAAGUGCAACUGAUGUUCCCGGAAAGUUAAGUCCCGUGUCUGUGCUUGAACCACCAUUUACCGAUGAUGACAUGAGCCCAAGAGGAAGUAGAGCUCGUUCAGGUGAAAUGCGGAUGCAACCACUGUGUAUAAGAUUUGACAGACCCGAUUCUCCGAAAGCUGAUCAAGACAACGAAUCCAGAACUAGUGUGGAUGACAAGGAAUCAACGCUUGCAUUCGUUAAAGCCGUGAUAAAAGCCUCGGGCUUUGACUGGGAAAAGCUUUGCAUGAAGUCGUGCCAUACAGACCAGCUUCUCGAGCCAGAUUUGAUCAAUGACAUAGACUUGUGUCCUAACCAACUCUGCAAUGACAAGAAGCUCCUUUCUGACUGCAUCAACGAAGUUCUGAUGGAGUUUUGCGGGAAUGAAUUCGGCUCUGGCCCUUGGAUUUCAUUUGUCAAACCAACUGUAUGGAUCAUGUCAGACGUGGAAGAUCUUGUGGAAAUGGCAGAAGAAGAGGUCUACUGGCAUCUCCAUCCUCUACCGUACCCUCAUACCCUGGACCAAAUAGUGGGUAAAGACAUGGCCAGAACUGCAAGCUGGAUGGACCUUCGGUUCGAUACCGGCAGUGUCGGUAGGGAGACAGGUGAAAUAAUCCUGGACGAGUUAUUGGAAGAGAGUAUUAGAAGCUUGAAUAGAUUUGGUCAUACUUGUACAUGCUGACACAUCGACGUCACCACUCUUUGCUACCGUUGGCAGAAGGUCUUCUGCUACCAAGAAAGGCAUUCAUGGUGUUCUGUACAGUUUUUACAUCCACUGGAGAAUAACGUGGGCGUGACAGUUAUUGCCCUUCUCUUUCAGAGAUAAAAACCAGAGCUCCGAGGACUGAGGAGAGUCUUUCUCGUGUUUCUUCCAUGCUUUGUUUUCCAUUUGGCUUCUGUCUGGAGCCAUGAGGGUUUUGAGUUCAGUUGUGAAAACUAGUUCUACGUUUGUUCCAUCAGUAAAAUAAACCAGAGUGAUUUUUUUUUUU